UCAGAGUUGAAGAAAUACAAGAGAUAUGAAGUACUAAUGACAGCAUAUAAUGUAAUUGGCGAGAGCCCUACCAGCACACCAGUGGAAGUGUUUGUGGGAGAAGCAGCACCGGCACUGGCCCCACAGAACAUCCAAGUAAACUCCCUUUCUGCAAGCCAGCUGGAGCUCACCUGGGACCCCCCUCCUGCCGACAGCCAAAAUGGGAACAUCCAAGGCUACAAGAUUUAUUACUGGGAGAGUGACGUUCAAAAUGACACGGAGAAAGUGAAGGUCCUUUUCCUCCCGGAGACAACUGUCCGGCUCAAAAACCUGACCAGCCACACACGGUACAUGGUCUGCAUCUCUGCUUUCAAUGCAGCCGGGGACGGCCCCAGGAGCAGCCCCUCGCAGGGCAGGACACACCAGGCGGCACCCAGUGCUCCCAGCUUCUUGGCGUUCUCUGAAAUCACUUGCACUACACUCAAUGUGUCUUGGGGCGAGCCGACAGCAGCAAAUGGAGUCCUGCAGGGUUAUCGAGUAGUCUAUGAGCCUUUGGCUCCCGUCCAGGGGGUGAGUAAGGUGGUGACCGUCGACAUUAAAGGGAACUGGCAACGCUGGCUGAAGGUCCGAGAUCUCACCAAGGGCAUGACCUAUUUAUUCAGAGUGCAAGCCCGAACCAUCGCCUAUGGACCUGAACUGCAAGCCAACGUCACAGCUGGGCCAGCAGAAGGGUCUCCCGGCUCCCCUCAGGAAAUUCUGGUGACAAAAUCUGCUUCUGGGCUGACGCUACAAUGGACUGAGGGAGAUUCUGGAGAAAAACCCACAACUGGCUACAUUAUAGAGGCACGACCCUCAGAUGAAGGACUGUGGGAUAUGUUUGUGAAGGACAUCCCUCGCAGUGCUACCUCCUACACGGUUGGCCUGGACAAACUCAAACAGGGUGUGACCUAUGAAUUUCGGGUGGUGGCUGUCAAUGAGUUUGGCUACGGAGAACCAAGUGUUCCCUCUGUGGCAGUAUCAGCACAAACAGAAGCCCCUUUCUAUGAGGAGUGGUGGUUUCUACUGGUGAUGGCUCUCUCAAGUCUGAUCCUCAUCCUCCUGGUGGUGUUUGCAUUGGUCCUGCAUGGCCAGAGCAAGAAGUACAAGAACUGCAGCACAGGCAAAACCAUCUCCAAUGUGGAAGAAUCAGUCACUCUGGAUAAUGGAGGUUUCACUGCUCUGGAGCUCAACAGCAGACACCUGAACAUCAAGAGCACGUUCUCAAAGAAAAAUGGAACCAGGUCUCCUCCUCGCCCAAGCCCAGGGGGGCUGCACUACUCUGAUGAGGAUAUCUGCAACAAGUACAACGGAGCUGUGCUGACCGAGGGCUUGGGCCUGAACGAGAAGCCCUUAGAAGUGUCAGAGUCAGAGGCCACCGACUCAGAUUACGAAGACGAGUUGCCAAAGCACUCCUUUGUGAACCAUUACAUGAGCGACCCCACGUACUACAACUCAUGGAAGCGGCAGCAGAAAGGCGUGAAGCACCCAACAUCCUACAGAUACGAAGAGUGUGCCGCCAGCGAGACAGAACCCUAUUUCCAGACUGUCAUCACGACACAGAGCUCAGGAGGGGUGUACACCCCAACGGGACAGCCUGCGCCCGGCUCCCGGACUCCAGUGACAGGGUUCUCCUCCUUCGUCUGA